UUGCUUUCAGUUUUUGUCAAUAAUUGCAAUGAUUUUUAAUUUGAUUUGCGGUUAAAAUGAGCGAAAGUAUCACUCAAUUGAGUCAAUCCAUCGAUGAAUGCAUUCAUGAAUUGGAUUCGUUGAGACAAUUGUCACAAUCGGAUCAAAAUCAGCAUAAAAUCAACAGUUUAUGUAAUUCAUUGGCCAUUCUCUACAACAACAGAGGAUUUCUAUAUUACAAAGACAUUGAAUUCAAUUUAGCCGCCGAUGACUACACGCGAGCCAUUCAAUCGGAUCCGAGUCUUGGAAUCGCUUUUUAUAACAGAGCGACUAUUCAUUACCGCAUGAACAAUUUUGCCAAAGCGUGCGAAGACUUUAAGAUCGCCACAGAAUUAGAUCCAAAGAAUUGUGAAUUUCAAUUGGCAUUUGAACAAAGUUGCCAACAGUUCAACAACUGGUAA